AUUGAGUGCUUUGAUGUGGCUUUGAUUGACGCUGAUUUUCUGCCUAUGAAUACUAAUUUUAAAAUAGGUGUCCUUUAAUUUCACUGUAUCUUUCGCUAAUGCAUACUGCAUAGUGCCUGGAAGAUAUCCUUGCGAUGAAGUUAAAAAAAAUGAAGGUGGACUCAGAGGAGGUGAGUCCUGUGCCUGUCCCUCAGCCGGAGAUAAUUGAAGCUGAUCUGUACAAGCGUACUUACUAUGGGCCUGAUGUCCCGACGUUAGAGCUCGAGUGUUGGGAGGAAGAGCUCUCGGAAUAUCAACUGAAUGCCUAUAAGAAUGCCGACGAGGAGUAUAAGAGCAUUCAGACCAAGAUUGACGAUUUGGUGAAGGAUACCGGCGGACAGAUUGUGUACAACGGCGACCAGUUUACUGCGUACCAGUUGCUUGGAAAACAACCUGUGCUGAAGGAUCUGGAGCGGCAGAGUGCCGAAAUCAUCAGGUCCAGGUCUCGCUCCCUGUCCAUAUCCAAAGAAGGAACUAGGACUAGCAAGAGAGGUCGCCCCAAAAAGACCAAGGAAGAAGACCGAGACUACUCCCCGUCUCCCGACAGAGACGCCGAGCCGCGCCACAAGAAGAAGAAGAAGGAUAAGGAAAAAGAAAAAGACAAGGAGAACAAGAAAGACAAGGACAGCACUAAGACUAAGGACAAGACUCUUGCGCCCUCCAAUGUCCACAGUGUGGUCACCAACGUGCGUCCUUCUGAAGCGACUGCCAUUGGAGGCCUGCUCACCGGCAGCGCUACUAAGACCACGGCCAUCGUUGAUCUCACCAAGGACGAUGGCAACAAGAAUGUGGCUGACUCCAGGGAGGUGUCCUUCAAUAAGCUGCAAGGCAAAACCUUCCCGUCCCUGGUGGUUGUCGCGCGUCCCUACCUCCGCGCUAAAGACACUCAACCGCCCGCGGACCGCUCGGCUCUCGACAGCAAAGUGAAGUCUGUGCUCAUGCAUACACCCAUGAAGUUCACUGAGUGGCUGAUCCAGCAGGGUCUUGUGCGAUCAGAGCAGUGGUGCGUGAUACAUCAGGGCAACAAACUGAAACUUGGAAUGUACUCCGACGUGUCCAAAUUCCCAUUCUCUGGUGGCUACGUCUGGAUCUCCGAGUGCUGUCCUACACGUUUCGUGUCCGUAUUCUGCAGUUCCAUCUUCGAAGGGGCCACCUUCCCUCCCAGCGUGCUUCUGAAGCUGGUCUACCACUGGGCCUGCCAGACUAAUGUGCAAAAUGUUGUCCAGUGGGUCAAAGUGGACAAUCUCUAUGUCAAGGGUCUGUUCACUUGGCUACGAGCCGUAUGUACAUCCGCCAUCCAUCAACACAUGAGCUUGCUCGGCGGCGCCGGCAAGAAGGUCGAAGUGGGCGUUAUUUCCCUCGGAACCACCAGCCAUGACGGAACCCAGCGCCAAGUCAAAGUGGAGGUUCUAGGUGUACUGGAUCCUGCUGAUAAACUGAUCCGCCUCCGCGCUGUCGAACCCCUAGCCGAACACGAGAAAAACUACAAAAAACGCUUCCAAAAAAUCCUCGAACCCCUCGUCACCUGGGUCCAUCCUUCCUCGGUCAUCCUGACUGACUUAACCGUAGACAAGGGCACCCUAGUCUCCAUGGGCUUCAAGAAUGUCCACCAAUCCUCAUCUCACACGGACACCCCAGCAAGGAACAGUAACGCCAACAUCAUGGAGUAUCUGCGGAGGAUCGUGCCGAGAAUGUUCCAGAACACGCUCUCGCUGCUGUCCCGGCAGAUCAUACAGCAGUUCCUGGACGAGCUGGUGUGGAGGGAGAGGUUCGGCAUCUCGCCUGGUCAAGCGUUCGACAACAUCGUGCUCCACAUCGCAGAACAGACUAAAUUCGAGUCUAAGGAUGCUAUUACAGUGCGACUGAACAAGAUCGCAGCUAACCCAUUCAAGAACUGGAAAUAUCCCAACAAGAAAUCAAAGAACACAGAAGAAGCAUCGACAUCCGCAACAGAAGAAACUGGGCGCAGUAAACGCGGACGCAAAAAGAAGGAACCGUCUCCUGAACCGCCACCACGCAAGAAGAAGAAGGAGAAGACUCUUUAUGUCCCUGAUGAUGAUGAGGAAGAGAUCCCACUCGCCCUCCGCCGCACCAAGAUCAAGCAAGAGCGGGACCAGAAGAAAGAGAAAGAAAAAGAAGAGCCAACCCCCCGCUCCAGACGCAAACCUGUCCGCUCCUACAUCGAUGAUGACUUGGAUGACAUUCCGCUGAAGAAUAUCAAGAAGGAGAUGAAACCGGAGGAGACUGUGUCGAUGGAGAAGUAUUACUUCGGGCAGAUUGGUGGGCAAGGGUCGGUGGAGAAGGUUGCUAUUUCUGUUGAGUGCCCAACAUGCCACGACGAUUUCAACAACAACAUCUCUCUGAUGGAUCAUCUCUUCCUCCACGCUAUACCUGCACCAACAUCAGAUCCAGACUCUAUUGCCCAAUGUUCCUACUGUCUAACGAGGUUCGCGACUGAUGAAGAACUCACGGCACAUCUGAAGAAGGAACACCCAAGUGAUACGAAGACACCUGACUUGUUUACUUACGCUUGUCUGAUUUGUGAGGUCCGGUUCGCAGCCGUCCUUACCCUCGCCACGCACAUGCAGAAGACGCACUUGCCCCUCGAGCUGCCGUACAACUGUGAUGCGUGCGACUAUCGCGCAUCGUCGCAGCGUCGCCUCGCCGACCACUACCGCACCAAGCACGCCAAGCACCACUCCGUUCAGUGCCCGCACUGUCUCAAGGUGAUUCAAGUGUACGCCGAUGAUCACGAGCUGACCGCCAACAUCCUUCUGUUCCUUGACCAUCUGCAGCAGCACCAAGACAAAGAGUUGGAGAUACGCUGUAACCGCUGCGUGCUCAAAUUUGUGCAUCUUGGUCAGUUGAAGGAACAUCAAGUGCGCGACCAUACCACAGUUGAGAACGCCAUUCCACUCUGCUCCGAAGAGCAUCUCAUCAACAAGCCUAAGACCAAGGCGCGGCCACCGGUCAAAGAUUCAUCCAGCCAUACGAUGAGCGCGACAUACGAAGACGUAACCCUGGUUCUUCCUGACGGUAUGAUCUGUCGCGAGUGCGACACAGCUCUGGAUAGCGACAAGCAUUUCCUUGGAUCGUCAUCCUGCACCAAGUGCUCAUUCACGUCAUCGUGCUACCGAGCAAUGCUCCGCCAUAGUGGAUACUGCGCCGGUGCACACUCGUUGGAAGACGCGCCGCGUGACGCACCCACUGAUCUGCACUGCGUCUGCUCCUACACUACUCGUGUCGGCACUGACAUGCUGACCCAUUUGCUGAGCUGCGAGCACAAGACCGCCUACAUCUGUGAGGAGGCGGCCAAGCUGAACACCGUUCGCGAUGACCUCGCGCCUCGCCUGGAGGAGCCCGUUGUUCAGCAUCAGCCAGCGGAGAGCGUCCCCGCGCCGGACUACGCGCCGCCCUCGGUGCUGAACACGCAGCUCUCGCUCGACGACCUCGCUCCGCCUUCCGUCUUGCAAACUGACCAGCACGAACAGGAGCUCCUGAAGGACGCGUACGAUCGUCCGCUAGCGACGCCGCGGCACGAGGAGCCGAGCUACAGCCUGGGCGACUUCGAGCCUCUUCCUCAAGAACCCCCGCCGCAGCCAGACUUCGAGCAGCUCUAGAAUGUUCCCCACUGGCUGUCUAAAGUAUCUACACUAGUGUCAUGUCUCCAAUCAGAGACCACACGAUACACAGAUGUAGUGUUUUUACGGAAUCGUACGAACGUGUCAUGCUAUUUCAACCAGUCGCAGUACAAGACUUACUGACUUUGAACUAGCAUGAAAAAUACGAACGUUUCCGGAGAAAUGCGAAGGAAAAGCCUUUUCACACUACAUCUGUAAACACCCCUUCACCGAUGGAAAGCCACAUUACGAGUCUGAUUUUUAUAUCCUACAUUUUAAAAAGUGAUUAUUUCGUCACUACUUUUAAAAAAACUUGUAUCUUCGUCUGUCAAUGAAAAGAAAAUUGUAGUAUGUAUGGAAUGCAUGUAGACUUUGCGUUUUAACUUUGAGGAACAGCGUGAGAUACGAGAUUUUUUAAAAGUAGUGACGAUUUGUCGCAUCGCGGUUUCAUAAAAAGUAAUGUGUAGAAAUCAUGAAAGAUUCAAUUAGAGUUAGUCCACUUUGUUAGUAGGCAUAUGGUGACAAAGUUGAAAAAACUUCAUAUAAGCGAAAUUUGAGUUUUUUUGAUGAAUUAAGUUGCAAUCUAAGUCUAAAAGUAAAGUACAGAGGUACCAGCUUCUUCGGAAGAGUGAAUAUAUUAUUUUUAAGCAAUAUUAUAUUGUGACAUACAUUAUGUUUUAAAAGGAAUGGGACAUUAUGUUUAAGAUUAUUGAUAAGUGUCAUGUCAUGUGAAAUACCUAUAUUUUAAACUUACAAUAUAUGAUACUAUGAAAA